GGCUCCGAGAGACUAAGCUGGUUACAGGAAAGACCGGAGCUCCCCGAACCUCCUCUGUCUCUUUAAAUGCCACGGGCUGCGCUCCCGCCCGGGAGCCCCGAGCCGGAUCUACAAUCCCGUCCCUCCCGCUCCGGCGCUUGUUGCUCGCCUAACCCGAGCGGGAGCUGCCGCCCGGGGAAGCCCAGCUAGCUCCUUCUGCUUUCCUCCUCGCGCCCCACCUUUCCGGAAAUUUGCGUGAGGGGUCGUGCAGCAAGGAGCGCGAACAAGCAUUGCCACCCCACCGUCUUCAAGUCUUGGGGGUCUACGCAGCCGCGGGGGUCGGCAGGGGAGAAAUGCGUCCUUCCCCGAAGCCCAGCUUCGCGGUGGUCUGCGCUGCGAGAGGAGGCACUGCGGAGCCCACACCUGAAAACUCGCCCUAGAAGUCUCGGGUGCGGCAGGGUGCCCCUCCCGGUCCCUUAGGGCUUCUAGCUCUCGGGGAGAGAGUCGGCGCAGGUGGCUUUAGCCCCUGCUCGGGGACCAGUGCCAAUGACUCUGAUGGUGGUUUCGCUUUCUCCUCUUGAAGUCCUGUGAACAAGCGUCCCCAGCGUAAUGGGUAACCAGGUGGAGAAACUGACCCACCUAAGUUACAAGGAAGUUCCCACGGCCGACCCGACCGGCGUGGAUCGAGACGAUGGGCCCCGCAUCGGAGUCUCUUAUAUUUUUUCCAAUGACGACGAGGAUGUGGAACCUCAGCCACCGCCCCAGGGGCUUGAUGGCGGAGCUUUGUCCGACUCGGGGGACCGGCCUUCCUUGCCCCCGCCGCAGCCCUACGACCCGCGGCAGCACGAGGUGGAAUGCUCGGUGUUUUACCGUGAUGAAUGCAUCUAUCAGAAAAGCUUCGCGCCGGGAUCGGCGGCGCUGAGCACCUAUACACCGGAGAAUUUACUCAACAAGUGCAGUCCGGGUGACCUGGUGGAGUUUGUAUCGCAGGCGCAAUACCCGCACUGGGCUGUCUACGUGGGCAAUUUCCAAGUGGUGCAUUUGCACCGGCUGGAGGUGAGCAACAGCUUUCUGACCGAUGCGAGCCAGGGCCGGCGCGGCCGCGUGGUCAACGAUCUGUAUCGCUACAAACCACUGAGCCCCAGCGCUGUAGUGCGCAACGCACUGGCCCACGUGGGCGCCAAGGAGCGCGAGCUCAGCUGGCGCAACUCAGAGAGCUUUGCCGCCUGGUGCCGCUAUGGCAAACGCGAGUUCAAGAUCGGUGGCGAGCUGCGCAUCGGCAAGCAGCCCUACCGUUUGCAGAUUCAGCUCUCGGCUCAGCGCAGCCAUACUCUCGAGUUCCAGAGCCUGGAGGACUUGAUCAUGGAGAAGCGGCGCAACGACCAAAUCGGACGCGCGGCGGUGCUGCAGGAGCUCGCCACGCACCUGCACCCGGCUGAGCCGGAUGAGGGCGACAGCGACGCGGCUCGGACUACACCGUCUCCCCUGCGCCCCCCUGCUUUGGGCUCUGAGGAGGAGAAUGGAGACUCGGCUGUGCACUGAUACUUGACCCGGGCUCAGAGCUACAAAAGGAAGCUUUUUGCAGGGGCCACACCCCCUUUCUCCCUUCCCCACCCCCUACCCUUGGGCCCCAUUUAGUAUUCCUGGGACCUUUGGAAAAUGCAGAGUUGGUGAAAUGCACAACCGGCUUUGGACGGGGGAGGAGGAAGGGGAGCAGGUAGGAUUGGCUGGUGGGUGGCUAUGGGAAGCAUUUUCUUCAGUCCCCCUCAGUCUACCUUCCCUUCUGAAGUGGGGUAAAGUGAACUUGCAGCUUCAACCCUUACAGAUAUGGGAUCAAAUUCAGCCCUUCAUGUACAAGCAGGCUUGAAGAAAAUCUCAGAGCACAUACGCCCUGCAUUCCACCUCUCUGGAGCCCUCCCUACUCUCAACUGGGAUGCAGGGUACAAAGGCCAGAGAGGAUUGGGGCGGAGCUGCUUCGGGUCUGUUGGGAGAACUGCUUAUCUGCUUCCCCCACUGAGCUGUGCUUGGGAUCCUAGAGGCUGGAGUGAUUUAUUUUAUGGGAUUCCCAGGGCACAGGGCUACUGAAACUACAAGGCCUGGGAGCAGCAGACAGAAACCAAACAGCCCUGUAUUAAGUGCAGCAAAUACUUUAGCAAACUCAGGCUACAGGCUACAAAUGGAUUUUACUACCUCCCCCUCCCUAUCCCCAAGUACCUCCUCUUGGGAAGCUGGCUCUAAGGGAGUCUUUGGCUCCCAACUCCUUCCCCGGUUACAAGUAAAUCAUUGUCAAGGGCCAGCCAGGGAAAGGAUUCAAUUAAGGUGCCAUUCUGCCUCCUGUGUUUUUGGCCUGCUGUUGUGGACUCUUAGAGCUACAUUGUCGUUAUCAAGGGAGGCAAUAGCCCUUUGUGUCUCUGAUCUAAUUAAACCUGCUUGGCGUGUUCAUCUGCAGGUCACAGAUGGGGUUGGCUUGUGCCACCCCAUAAAGUAUCCUCUAGGGAAUCAACCAGUGCUACCCUGUCAAGAAUUAAAUCAUUAAAUCUCUAAACGUAACCCUUUAAAAACCAAGCUGGAUCUAGGGAUUUUUUUUUUCUUUUUGUUUUUCUCUCCCUGGUCCCCCUUCCUCACCAGACAGUUGCUGUGGUAGGGUUAGGGUUACUUUGCCAUCCAUGGUGUAUGAAGUUGAAUUCAAGGUACAAAGUCUUGUUCUAUGUACCCAAUUUCUUUAUGGCUUGGAGAAUAUCCUAUUCAGAUAUUCACCCUUCAUUAAGAAGGGUGGCAUUAGUCACAGAUACCAUGUAGUAUGUUCAGAACAGACUUGAUGGCAGUCCCACACGUAAGUUGGUGACGGUGGCAUGUGAACAGACUGAACAGGUAGCGAUUGGGUCUGCCACUGAACUUCCAUGCACUUUAGUACAAGGCUUUAGGACUGCGACAGCCUGUUGCCUGAACGGUGGGCAGACCUCUGACUGCUGCGUGCUUAUGGGCGGUCUGUCAACUGUUCUCAAAAGUUGAGCAUAGUUAAAGGCCUUCGCUGCCUCCCCAGUCCUUACAACACUGGAACUAGUUCUUAGUCAUUGGAACAAAAUCUUACUUGAGUAUCCUGAAGCCACGGUCAUUGUCAGGCUUCUUGCUUGGGGAUCUGUAAAUCCCACUUGUUUUGUUUUUUUUUUUUAAGCCUAAAUCUUCAUAGUACCUCAGCACGAAACCUUUUCAUUAAUUAUAAAGGCAUUAAAUGCACUUUCUGCUUUCACAGUGCUUACCAAGCAAGUCCUUGUUCUUUGAAUGUUAAGGAAGAGCUACAUACACACUAGCCUUGCUUUGGGACCUGGGAGGAGAACCGUUUUCUAGUUGAGAAUAU